AUGUCGUUUAUGUCGUCUAUUCCGUCUAUCAAAAUCUUUGCUUGGAACGUUGGUGGUGCAGGUGGCAAGGCAUUUGCCCGAGCGCUGAAGCUCUCAAUUCGUCAGCAUCGGCCAGACUUUGUGAUCUUGCUGGAGCCGCAAAUCAGUGGGAGUUCGGCUGAUUUGGUCUGUGAUAAGCUGGGGUUUCCCAACUCCAUUAGGGUGGAUGCUGAAGGUCGUAAGGGGGGUAUUUGGAUUUGCUGGGAUGACAGACGGUUCUCGAUAGAGCUCAGCUCGGCCUGUAAUCAGCACAUCUCUGUUCGCGUUCGGCAAGGAAGGGGUAGCUCGUGGGUGCUGACCGCAGUUUACGCCUCGCCCCGUCAGCACCUCUAA